UCUUCUGCCUAAUUGAUCGUGAUUUGAGGCUGUUGUUGAACGCUGUGGCGCGUAUAAAGAAUUUCGGACGUAUCGAGAAAGGUAGCGCCGUAACAAUCAACGCGUUCGCUCUUCUUCGAUACACUCGUUCAUGCGCCAAGCAUAGUUGCGCAAAAUGUCAUCAUCCUCUUCGACAUACUCGCUAUCGCCCUCCGUAACUCCGGAAGUAAUCAAUACACCGGGAACACAACGAUCGGUGCUAUUCGACGACGAUGUAGUAGCAGAUCCUCUUAACAUCGAUGGGUUCACGUCCAGCUUCAUCAUGGUCGUCGGUGGUCUGGGAUACAUCGGCUCCCAUACAGUAUUGGAGUUGCUCAAAGAAGGCUACAACGUGCUGGUCAUCGACGACUUGAGCAACUCAUACGAAAGCGUCCUGAGCAGAGUGCGAAGUCUUGCGAUCGACUUCUGCACGGCGCAUGGGCGACGAAUGCCAGCAUUGCACUUUCGCCAACUGGAUUACAGAAGUGCGCAGAUGAAGACUGUACUGGCCAGCUAUUCAUCGUAUUCGAUCAUAAGCAAGCCAGUGCCUAUGCCAACACGAUUCCCAUACUCGACUUUACAAAGGACAGACUCUGGUAUCGACAUGGAUAUGGACGACGCGCAAGAACCGGUCGUUGAGAGACUGUCCAGGAUAUCAGGUGUCAUCCAUUUCGCAGCGUACAAGUCGGUUGAAGAGAGCAUCCGGACGCCCUUGAGAUAUUACAGCAACAACGUCUGCGGGCUGGUUGACUUUCUGGGUUUGCUGGAGGAGUUUGGAAUCAAGAACUUUGUGUUCUCCUCCUCUGCAACAGUCUACGGCGAGGGGGCUAACUGUGGGCUACCUCUGCGCGAAGAGCUGUGCGUGCAUCAUCCCGAGUCGUUCGUAGAUAGCGAUGGGGCAGAACGCCGAGUUUUGCCGGGCGUCCUGGGCCUCACAUCACCUUAUGGUCGAUCCAAGUUCAUGUGCGAGUCCAUUCUGGCAGACCUGGCGCUUUCCGACCCCACAUGGUCGAUAACCGCCCUUCGGUACUUCAAUCCGGUCGGUUGCCAUGAGUCUGGUAUUCUCGGUGAAGAUCCUCGACAGAAACCGAGCAACCUAAUUCCAGUCAUUGCAACAGUCCUGACAGGGACAAAGCCAGUGCUGGACAUCUUCGGCACCGAUUGGAACACCCCAGACGGGACGGCAGUGCGGGACUUUAUCCAUGUAGUCGAUUUGGCUCGUGGCCAUAUUGCGGCUUUGGCAGCUUCGGCGGCUGGUCGCACCAUAGCACCAUUUCGCACGUACAACCUUGGUACGGGCCGUGGACAUACGGUCCGCGAAGUUCUCCAGAGCUUGGAGGAGGCAUCUCAACGGAAGAUCCCCGUCAGGGAAGUCGGCCGCAGGGCUGGAGAUGUUGGCUUCUGUGUGGCCGAGGUGCGACGAGCAGAAACCGAGCUGCAGUGGAAGGCUGAGAGGUCCCUGAAUGACUGUUCCGGGGACGUAUGGAACUUCACUAAGGCUAGGUGUAUAGAGACGUAGACAAGGGGCGUGCUGAGUGGCCCUGCACGGUUUCCUUCAUCAUCCUUUCCCUGCAUAUUCUAGCAUCAGCGGCAUUUCUUCUCUUGUGAGUACAGCAAGAUAGACUAUAGGCGCCGAGUCUAAUACCCAAUUUCCCAUUGAAUGAUUUGAAAGUUGCUGCAUGGCUGAUUGUGCAAGACGUCGUAGCCAGAUCACGGAAAUGAGCGAGACCUAGUGGAGAGUCGACGAGGCUUGGAGGCAAUGCGCAGGUCCGC